AUGUCGAGUCUUGUUUCAAAUGUAGAUAGUUCUUCAACAACGUGUCCAAUUUUAAACGUGAAUAAUAAUUCAACAAGUGACUCGGCAUCGGUGCCCAGUAGUUACGUCAGUCUAUUAGAUUCAUGCAAAACUCCCGAUGGUCCUGCUUUGUCUUUUCCUCAACGUACAACACUUAAUUGGAGUAAAACAUUGAGUACAUUUCGUCAUUGGAGUUCGAGAACAUUAAAAUAUACCCGACAAUUAUUUCAAGAGCGAAUUGGACAUGUUGUUCCUACGCAAGAUAUUGAACUUGAACAAAAGAUUCAACUUCUCCGCGAAACAAAACGUCAUUAUGAGCAUAUAUUAAAUGAAGCUCGUCAAAUGAGUAUUUGUUUUGCUGGUCUUCUUCAAACACAACGUUCUCUUGGUGAAUCAUUUAGCGCAUUACAACGAAUAUCUGAAUCAUCCGAUGAUCUUGUUGAUCAACUUGUACGAAAUAGUCAAUGUCAAAAAGUAUUAGCCCUGAAUGGUGAUACACUUUUACAUGCAAUCAACACAUUUGUUGAUAAAUUACAAACACUAACGAAUAAAACAAUCGAAGAUACAUUAAUUACAAUAAAAACAUAUGAAAACGCACGAAUCGAAUAUGAUGCAUAUCGUUAUGAUUACGAAGUAUCAUUAGCUCGAAAUAAAUCAGGAGAACAAACACCACCUGCUGAUGAAUAUAUUCAACAGCAAUAUCAACAUUUUAAACAACGUUAUGAGAAAACAAAAGAGGAUGUUACAAUUAAAUUAAAAUUGCUUGAUGAGAAUCGAAUUCAACUAAUGAAACAACAAUUGUUACUGUUUCAUAAUGCAAUUGGUGCUUAUUUUUCAAUAAACCGACAACAGCUUAAUCUGUGA